AUUUUGAAGUGGGAAACACGAGUUAAUUAGGUUAAUUAUCAAGCAUGAGUUUGUAUAAAAAGGCACGAUGGCAGUCGCAAGAUGCACUGGUCGUUGCGACAUUAACAUCUGUUGAGCAGUAUGGGAAGCUCCUUCGUUCUCUCCUGUGUAGCAAAAAGGCUCGAAGGGAAGGUGGCCUUGAUCACCGGCGGGGCGAGCGGCCUCGGCGAGUGCACCGCCAAGCUGUUCGCCGACCUCGGUGCUCGAGUAGUCGUGGCGGACAUCCAAGACCACAAAGGCCGAGUUCUGUGCGACUCACUCGGCCCGGACACCGCCUCCUACGUCCACUGCGACGUCACCAAGGAGUCCGACGUGGCAAGCGCCGUCGACGCCACCGUCGCCCGGCACGGGAAGCUCGACGUCAUGUUCAGCAACGCCGGCGUCGCGGAACCGUGGCAGAAGUCGUUCCCAGACUGCGAGGUGGAUGACUUCCAGCGGUUGAUGUCGGUGAACGUGACGGGGGUGUUCCUGGCCACCAAGCACGCGGCGAGGGUGAUGACGCCGGCGAGGCAGGGGAGCAUCGUAAUCACCGCGAGCACCGCGUCGACUAUUGCAGGAUUGAUGCCGCACGCAUACACGUGCUCGAAACACGCGGUGGUGGGGCUGAUGAAGAGCGCGGCGGCCGAGCUGGGCAAGCACGGGAUUCGGGUCAACUGCGUGUCGCCGCACGGGGUGGCGACGCCGCUGGCGAUGGCAUUGCUUGACUUAGACAAGGAGGCCUUUGAGGCCACGAUUGAGAGGUCGGCCAACCUGAAAGGGGUGAGGCUGGGAACGGAGGACGUGGCGGAGGCGGUGGCGUACCUCGCCGGCGACGAGUCCAGGUACGUGAGCGGCGUCAAUCUGCUGUUGGACGGAGGCUUCGCCAUCGCCAAGGGAUUGGCGUAGAUGGAACCGAAGCUACCCAUCGACGGACUUCACGUCGAUCGCACAUUCGCACUCCGACUGCAGCAGCUAGCUAGGGCGUGUGAAUAAUAUAUAUCUUUAUUGUUCUCCUUUAUGUGAGGACAUACUAUUUUUUUCAUAACCUCCUGGCAGUCUGAUUCUAGUGUUUAAAGAGUUCCUUGAGAUUGAACAUCAUGUCAUAGGCAGUGGGUAAGGUCUGAUGCUGAUGUUGCAACACAUUUGACAUAGAAGUCAAAAUAUAACACCGCGUCAUCUCA